AUGGGGUACAGGAGAACACGGGGUACAGGGCAGGAGAACACUGGGGUACAGGAGAACAGGGGAACAGGAGAACACUUACAGGAGGACAGGUACAGGGAGAACAUGGGGGUACAGGGAGGACACGGGGGUACAGGAGGACACAGGGUACAGGAGAACAGGGUACAGGAGAACAGGGGGGCACAGGAGAACACGGGGGUACAGGAGAACACGGGGCUGGGAGGACACGGGGGUACAGGAGAACACGGGGGUACAGGAGAACAGGGGUACAGGAGAACACUGGGGUACAGGAGAACGUGGGGUACAGGAGAACGCGGGGUACAGGAGAACAGGGGAGAACACUGGGAUACAGGAGAACACUGGGGAACAGGAGAUCACAGGGGGUACAGGAGGACACGGUGUACAGGAGAACACUGGGAUACAGGCGAACACGGUGUGCAGGAGAACACUGGGAUACAGGAGAACACAGGGACAGAGCUGAUAACACUGGGGUACAGGAGAACAACAGGAGAACAGGGGGCAGGAGAACACUGGGGUACAGGAGAACACGAGGGUACAGGAGAACACAGGAGAACACUGGGGUACAGGAGAACACUGGGGCAGGAGAACACGAGGGUACAGGAGAACACUGGGGUACAGGAGAACACGGGGGGUACAGGAGAACACUGGGAUACAGGAGAACACUGGGGAACAGGAGAUCACUGGGAUACAGGAGAACAUGAGGGUACAGGAGAACACUGGGAUACAGGAGAACACUGGGGGAACAGGAGACAUGGGGUACAGGGAGAACACGGUGUACAGGAGAACACUGGGAUACAGGAGAACACUGGGAACAGGGAGAUCACUGGGAUAAGGGAGAACAGUGUACAGGAGAACACUGGGAUACAGGAGAACACUGGGGAACAGGAGAUCACUGGGAUACAGGAGAACACUGGGGGAACAGGAGAUCACGGGGUACAGGAGGGUACAGGAGAACAUGGGGGGUACAGGAGAACAGGGGUACAGUGGGACACGGGGGUACAGGAGGACACACGGAGGGACACAGGGGGGGUACAGGAGAACACGGGGUACAGUAGGACACGGGGGUACAGGAGGACACGGGGUACUGGUGAACAUUGGGGUACAGGUGAACACGGGGUACAAGAGAACACGGGGGUAUAG